AUGGCGGAGCGGGCGCCGGAGCCCGAGGCGGAGGCGGAGGCUGAGGCGGGAGCGGGCGGGGAGGUAGCCGCCGAGGAGGGCGCGGCGGGCCGCAAGGCGCGGGGCCGCCCGCGGCUCACGGAGUCGGACCGGGCCCGGCGGCGGCUCGAGUCCCGGAAGAAGUACGACGUGCGGCGCGUGUACCUGGGCGAGGCGCACGGGCCCUGGGUGGACCUGCGGCGCCGCAGCGGCUGGAGCGACGCCAAGCUCGCCGCCUACCUCAUCUCGCUGGAGCGCGGCCAACGUAGCAGCCGCCACGGGAAGCCUUGGGAGCAAGUCCCCAAAAAGCCAAAGCGGAAGAAAAGGCGGCGACGCAACGUGAACUGCCUGAAGAACGUGGUGAUCUGGUACGAGGACCACAAGCACCGCUGCCCCUACGAGCCGCACCUCGCCGAGCUGGACCCCACCUUUGGCCUGUACACCACGGCUGUGUGGCAGUGCGAGGCUGGGCACCGCUACUUCCAAGACCUGCACUCGCCCCUGAAGCCGCUCAGCGACUCAGACCCUGAGAGUGACAAAGUGGGCAAUGGCCUGGUGGCCGGCAGCUCUGACUCGUCCAGUUCCAGCUCCGGCUCCGACUCUGAGGAGCCCCCCGAGGGCCAGCAGGCCAAGGCGACAGUGGCAAUGGCUGCAGUUACCCCCACCAGCCCAGCGGGCAGCAGCGGGCUCAUCACACAGGAGGGCAUGCACAUCCCCUUCGAUGUCCACCACGUGGAGAGCCUGGCUGAGCAGGGCACCCCACUGUGCCCCAACCCGGCCAGCAGCGGGCCUGAAGCCCUGGAGACAGUGGUGUGCGUGCCAGUGCCCGUGCAAGUGGGCCCGGGCCCUAGCACCCUCUUUGAGAACGUGCCCCAGGAGGCACUGGGUGAGGUGGUGGCCAGCUGUCCCAUGCCAGGCAUGGUGCCCGGUUCGCAGGUGAUCAUCAUUGCCGGCCCCGGCUAUGAUGCCCUCACGGCCGAGGGCAUCCACCUCAACGUGGCAGCAGGCAACGGUGCCCCCGGAGGGGGCCUGGGUGACGAGGUGCCCUGCGCCAUGAUGGAGGGUGUGGCCGCCUACACCCAGACAGAGCCAGAGGGCAGCCAGCCCAGCACCAUGGACCCCGCCGCCAUGACAGGCAUUGAGACCAAGAAAGAGAAGGAGGACCUGUACGUGCUCAAGAAGGAGGAGAAGGAGGAACCAGUGGCCCCAGAACUGACAGAGCUGGCUGCGACGGUGCCUGAGAGCGCAGAGCCCGAGGCAGAGGCAGACGGGGAGGAGCUGGACGGCAGCGACAUGUCAGCCAUCAUCUAUGAGAUCCCCAAGGAGCCCGAGAAGAGGCGGCGAAGCAAGCGAUCGCGGGUGAUGGACGCCGAUGGCCUGCUUGAGAUGUUCCACUGCCCUUACGAGGGCUGCAGUCAGGUCUACGUGGCCCUCAGCAGCUUCCAGAACCACGUCAACCUUGUGCAUCGGAAAGGGAAGACCAAGGUGUGCCCUCACCCCGGCUGUGGCAAGAAGUUCUAUUUAUCCAACCACCUUCGGCGGCACAUGAUCAUCCACUCAGGUGUCCGUGAAUUCACCUGUGAAACCUGCGGCAAGUCCUUUAAGAGGAAAAACCACCUGGAGGUGCACCGGCGCACGCACACAGGCGAGACGCCUCUGCAGUGCGAGAUCUGUGGCUACCAGUGCCGACAGCGCGCGUCGCUCAACUGGCACAUGAAGAAGCACACGGCCGAGGUGCAGUACAACUUCACGUGCGAGCGCUGCGGGAAGCGCUUCGAGAAGCUGGACAGCGUCAAGUUCCACACGCUCAAAAGCCACCCGGACCACAAGCCCGCCUGAUCCACCCAACCACUGAACGCCCCUAUUUAUUCAUCCGAUCGGACACCAUGCCCGAGUCUGCCAGGGCCGGGACAGCCGCGGCCAGCCGCCAGGACCUCGGGCCAGAAGGAGGCGCCCCUGCCCCGCUCCAGGGCUGGGCCCUCAGGGCAGGUCCCCCCCCACCCCGCCCGAGUUUUGGAGCUGGCACUUGGGGCUGCACUGCUGGGACUGUGUCAAGAGAGCAGAACGAGAUUAAAGAGCGAGAAAGGAGCUGCUCUUCCCCUAGGCCUGGAUGAUUGGGGGAAGGUGGGCCCCUCUCUGUCUCCAACCUGCUUCCUUCCCGAGCAAGGCGGGGGCAAGGGCAGAUGCCCCUACACACCAGGCAGCGCUCCUGCCCUUUCCUGUCAACCUCCGCUCUGCCUCGGCUACCUGGGCCUGGCAACCCUAAACACCCCCUCCUCUGACAGGGUCAGUUGUGGAAGGUUGGGGGCCCUGGAGGCUACUGAACAUCUCCCAGGUAUCAGGAUCCUGACUCCCUCUCCUAAUCCCUCAUAGAACAGUCAUUCCUCAUCCUCAGAGAGCUCAGGAAGCAGUUGGGGAGAUGUCCAGUAAACCCCUAAGUAAAAC